CCUCAAUUGUCACUUUGAUUCAAUAUUCGCAAUUGAACAACACAAACCCGCUCUCCACUCCCUAACCUUGGUCCUGCAGCUGCAGUCCAGUUGACUCCGGUCGGAACGAGAUCGAAGUCAACUCUAGACGACCAUAAGCUGCAAAAAUGUCAGCCACAAUGUUCCGCACGACCGCGAUCCGGUCCAUCCCCCGGUCCUUUGCGAGUGUUCAAGCUCCUAAGUCACGAAUGAGCCUCUACAACAAUGUUCUGAAAGCCUCUCUCCGAACGUCUGCUCGCCCUGCCAAAGCUGCAAGCGUUCUCUCUCUCACGGUCGCCCGUCCCUUCCACACAUCCCUUGUCCGAUACGAGUCGAAAGCCGGUCUCGAGGCCGCCCAAUACGAUGUCAAAAAAGCCGAGAAAACCUUGGGAGAGCAGACCAUGAAGCCAUUUCCGGACGCUGUGAGCUUGUCGUCAAGUACUCGUGCGGCUGCUAGCGAAAUGACAUCGGAUCACGAAGACGAUGUGGAUAUGAUGGCUGGUAUCAGAUCAGACUUUACAACGAUUGUGGACACCUUCAGCUUGCGAGAUGUUCCCCGGCGAGCUCUUUACGUUGGCCUGGCCGGCGUGGUACCAUAUCUUGCAACAUCCCUUACCACCGUGUAUUUGUCCUUUGACAUUCAAUACGCGGCCACUCAUGGCGCGGGCUUUAUGAUGUCAGGUGAGACGGCGGAGGCGCUGUUGCACAUCAUCGAACCCAUCCAGCUAGGCUAUGGUGCUUCUAUCAUUUCCUUCCUGGGCGCCAUUCACUGGGGCCUGGAAUGGGCUGGUUACGGCGGCGAGAAAGGCUAUCCCCGAUACUCGAUGGGUAUUGUUGCUACUGCCGUGGCAUGGCCAACCCUCCUGCUGCACGCGGAGAUGGGUCUGAUUGCUCAAUUCUUGGCCUUCACCUUCUUGUACUACAACGAUGCCAGAGCUGCUGCUAACGGCUGGGCUCCCAACUGGUAUGGAACAUAUCGAUUUGUCCUGACCUUCAUCGUUGGUGCCAGCAUUGUCGCCUCCUUGAUUGGACGUGGUCAGAUCGCCGACUUGAUCACACGACCACCUGGACCUGCUGAUCGCAUGAGGGAGCUCAGAAAGAAACAGAUGGACGAGCUAGAAGCCGAGCCAGAGGGUGAUGAGGAGGAAGAAGAGGAUGAGGACGACGAGUAGCCGACUUGCAGAUGCAAAUGCAAUUCACGUGACGGGGCUGGUGCGCGAGACGCGAAGUAUUUACAGGAUCCGUCAUUGUACAUAUCAAGGCAGGAAGCAAAGAUUGUUCAACAUGUUUGAGAAGUCACUUCAGAAGAGCGUUUUCUUCCCCCACGGCGCCCCGUGAUGAUCUGAUUUUUAUCACGAGAAAGCAGAGCACAGAGGCCGAGCUGGCGCCGAAACUGCUCCAUUGUCUCCAUUCUGUACCAUGAAGUAUCCCGUCUCUGGAGCACUUAUAUACCCAUUCCACAAUAUCGGAAGGACCCGGCGUGGCCAUUCAGGUACUGUUGCCGUUAACCGAGCUGGCGGGCUGGAAAUUGCUGCAACUGUUCGGUAAGGACAAGCCCGAAGAAAGGGCACAACAGCGCACAAACUCGGGAAAAUUGUAGCGAGUGGGGACGUCAUAUCAUGCUACAACUGUUAAGUCGCUGGCUGCACCCCGCAGAGUGCCGCAU